AUGAAACAAUAUUCUAAAUUAUUAUUGCUAUGUCCAUUCAAUUCAAUUGGCAUUUACAUAUUAGAUCAAAAAAUAGAAGAGUAUCUUAGAACUAAUUAAGAAGAAAUAGUUAUUUAUUUAGUAGGAACACCAAUUACAUAUCUCAAAGUUUAUGAACGAAUUCUUUUUCAUCUUUAUGAGAAAGCACAAUAAUAUACUGCUAAAUUUAAUGUCAUCUUUGAUUUAUUCAAUAUGGAUUUCAGAAAUAAAUACUAAUUUGAUUAUGUAAUCAAUUUAAGUACAGAUUUAUAAGGUGAUAUCAAUAUUCAACUUUAAAUCAAUCAUGAAAAUUAAUAAAUCUAAUUUUCUUAAGAAGGCUAUAAAGCAAAUUAAUUUAAAAGAGGUGCUAAUGGUGGAACUUUUGAUCAUUUACACAUUGGACACAAAAUUCUUUUAAGUUUGAGUUUAUUAGCAGUUAGUUAACAUUUGACUAUAGGAAUAACUGGUGAAAUGUUAUUACAAAAAAAGAAAUUAAUAGGAUUCUUAUAAUCCUAUAAUACUCGUGUUAGAUGUGUAAAUGAGUUUUGUUCAAUGUUUAGACCUGAUAUUGAAUUAUAUGUUUCUGAAUUAAUUGAACCUGCAGGACCAACAAAAAAUGGAUAAUAUGAAAUACUAAUUGCCACAUAAGAAACUGAAAAAUCUUUAGUAUAUAUUAAUAAUCUUAGGAAAGAAGGAGGUUUAAAUGAAUUAGAAGGAUAUAUAAUUGGUAUGAUCGAAAAUUAGAAUAAUUAAGAAGAAGUAGAUAAACUAUCUUCAUCAUAAAUUAGAGAACAAAUCUAAAAAAAGAAUAGAUUGACUGAAUAAGAAUAUUUGGAACUUAAAAAUGAAUGGUUAUCAGUAAGUGAUAAUUUAUAUUGGUUUGAAUCUAUUCUAGUUGAUUAUUAUUCCUAACCUCAAAGACAUUAUCAUACUUUAAGACACAUUUAUGAUAUGUUAUAAUAAUUAAAAGGAGCUAAAAAUAUUAAGAAUGUUAAAUUAGCAACUUUCUUUCAUGAUGUUAUAUAUUAUCCUAAAAUCAAUGAUAAUGAAGAAAAGAGUAGUUUUUUGUUUUAAUAAUAUGCAUAAGAAUGCAAUAUAGAUUCAUAAAUAAUUUCAACUUUCAUCUUAAAAACAAAAAGUCAUUAAAUUGAUGGGCUAUUGUUACCAGAGGAUGAUUUAUAAGAUUUAAUGAUAUUUUUAGAUGCCGAUAUGUCCAUUUUGGAAUCUGAUGCAUAUCAUAUUUAUGCUAAAGAUAUAAGAUAAGAAUAUUCACAUUUUUCAGAUUAAGAUUAUAAAACAGGAAGAAUUGCUGUAUUAUAAAAGUUCUUGUAGUCUAAAAUAUUUAAUUUGAGAAAUGAAGAAAAAGCAAGAAAAAAUAUAAAAGAAGAAAUAGAAAUUUUAUAAGUGUAACAAUGA